AUGCCGCUCUGUUCUUCGACCCGCGGAACGGGAGCGCUGGGGCCGCGUUUCCGGGGGACGGCGGUGCGCCGCCAUUUCCCGUCCCCGCGCGAAGAUGGCGGCGCCCGGCGCGCUGCUGGGCUGGUGCGUGCGGCGCCUGCGCGGCGACUUCGGGCUGGACGUGGGCGAGGAGGUCGUGCGCUACAUCCUGUCGAUAACAAAUGAGGAUGAGAUCCGUGAGUAUGUGGUCGAUCUCCUCCAAGGCACCGAGGGGAAGAAGGGGAGGUUUGUGGAAGAGCUGCUGUCACGCUGGCAGCAGUCCUCUCAGUCACCUGCUGAGCCCUUACCGGCCUAUCGGAAAAAGGAUGAGACUUCAGAGGCACCUCGGACUGUAGACCAAGCAAAGAAGGGGAAACGCAAAGGAAGGAAUAAACAGGAAACACCUGCAUAUGUGGAGCCCAGCACACAUGUGGAGGAAGUAAAAACCCCCCUCGACCUGGCCAAGGCGCAGGAGAACAGCACUUCAAGCAGCAGCAAUUCCUGUAAGAGAAAGACCAAAUAUGUCAGCCUGUACACCAAAGAAGGGCAAGACAGGCUGGCUGUCCUGAUCCCUGGCCAUCACGCCUGUGAGUGCCUGGGCCAGAAACACAAGCUCAUCAACAACUGCUUGGUCUGUGGGCGCAUUGUGUGUGAACAGGAAGGCUCUGGACCCUGCUUGUUUUGUGGUUCACUGGUGUGCACUAAAGAAGAGCAGGACAUUCUUCAGCGGGACUCAAACAAGAGCCAGAAGCUGCUGAAGAAGCUCAUGGCAGGUGCUGAAAGUUCAGGGAAUUUGGAUGCCAUAAGCAAAGACCUACUGCCUCGGCAAGAAGCUAGACUGAAAGCAGGCCUAGAGAUGGCUGUGAGACACAAAGACAAGUUGUUGGAGUUUGACAGGACGAGCGUGCGUCGAACCCAGGUCAUUGACGACGAAUCAGAUUAUUUUGCGACGGACUCCAACCAGUGGCUGUCCAAGCAAGAGAGGGAGGCUCUACAGAAGAGAGAGCAGGAACUGCAGGAGCUGCGCCAUGCCUCCCGCCUUGCCAAAAAAAUCACCAUCGACUUUGCUGGAAGGCAGAUCCUGGAGGAGGACUGUGGGAUGGCUGAAUACCACAGCAAACUGGAUGAAACUAUUGAAGCCAUUAAUUGUGGCACGCUGAACAAGCCAGCUUCCAACCCAGAAGCAAAGAUGACUCCGAGUUCUGGUGUGUUAGUGAAUCCCCAUCUUCUUCAGCCUGCUCCUUUGUGGGUGGACCAGACUGGCUUGCUCCCACACAGGGGAGCCACCCAUUCCAUGGGUGCUGGAGAAGAGUUUGGCUCAGAGCGGAACAGACUCCGGAUUCAGGACCGAGAGUUACAGGAGAUUUCAGAUGAUGGUUGGUGCCUCAGCAUGCACCAGCCUUGGGCUUCUCUGCUCAUAAGAGGAAUCAAAAGGGUGGAGGGCAGGACCUGGUACACAUCUCAUAGAGGGCGGUUGUGGAUUGCAGCUACUGCCAAAAGACCUUCCCCUCAGGAAAUCUCUGAAUUGGAGACCACCUAUAGAAUGCUGCUUCAGAAAGAUGUGGAAUUUCCGAAUGAUUAUCCCUCAGGGUGCCUCCUGGGCUGUGUGGACGUAACUGAUUGUUUAUCGCAAGAGCAAUUUAAUGAGCAGUAUCCGGAUUUGAGCCAGGAAUCUGGGUCUCCAUUUGUCUUUAUCUGCACUAAUCCCCAGGAGAUGGUUGUGAAGUUUCCCAUCAAAGGAAAGCCCAAAAUCUGGAAGCUGGAUUCAAAGAUCCAUCAGGGAGCGAAGAAGGGGUUAAUGAAGCAGAAAGCUGCGGCGUGACCGGGCCCGGCGGGCGCGAGGCGGGCAGCAGGCGGUGCGGCGCGGACACGGCCUCGUCGCGCGGUGCUGCGUCUGUCCUCGGGCGGCAUUAAAAGAGCGAUGUUCCCAGCCUGCAUCUCUGCUGCGUGCGGCCAAAGAGCGGCCCCCGGUCACGCGCCCUCCCGGCCUGCGGAGAAGACGGAUCUCCCCAUCGUCGCCCCCAGCCGCUCCCCGCGGCCGUGCGCGGGCCCCGCGCGGCGCCCCGGCCGGCUGCCCGCCGCGCUCAGCGCGAGGAGCUUCUGCCCGACGUCCGAUUCCAGUCCCCCCCUCGUAGUCCGCAGCCGCUCCCGCGCUCCGGCCCCGCGUUUUCCCCUCCGCCGCCGCUCCCCGCUCCGCUCCGGACUCCGCGCUCCGCCUUUUGCCUGGCGCCGGCUCCGGGCUGCCGCGUCCCCGCGGAGCCGAGC